AGAACCGCCGCCCGUUAAAGACCGAACCCCCUCCUCUGUUCGGAAAAUCUCACCGGAAAGUUUAAUUCUCGGAGAUCAAAUCAAAAUGGGAGCAGAAUCCCAAGUCCACGACUCAAACAGAGAAGCCGAGAACCCAAGUUCGAUGACCAUGGCCCAAUUCCUCGCCUGGAAACGCCAGAAGGACGAUGAGGCGUCUGCCAGAAGAGCUGAAGCGGCCAGGAAACGCGCGGAGGACAUAGCUGCUGGGACGGUGCAGAUGAAUGGCCGAGAGCUCUUCGCACAUGAGCCCUGGGUUUUUGAUAAUACUCUUUAUUGAGCUUUAUACAAGAUAGCAAGUACAAAACCAUUGGGGUGAAUCUGUGAUGUCAAGUAUAGUACCCUGAUGGAGUCGGCAAGCUAUAAGCAGCAUUGAACUGUUGGGGAUGCAGAGUUGCUUGCUGUUGGUGAAGCAUUGCUGGUCCUUGAUUUACAAAUUCUCCGGUCAUGUUCUGCUAAUAGCAAACAAAUUUCGUAUUGUCAAACUGCUUGUUAAUGCAACUGAUGUCGAUUUAUAGUGUAGUAUUUGUUGCAUAUUGAAAGGAAUCCAUCUUCAUUUGCAUUUCAGCGUGAGAGUUAUAUAUACAAUAUUAAUUGUGAAUGAAUAAGCCACAUAAUUCAAGUGAGUUGAUGAAGCUUAC